UGCAAUAUCCGAUCAGCAGUUUAGAGUAGUCUCUUCAAGACGACGUGGUUACUUCCCUUUUAUUGGGAAACGUCAUUAAAAUGCUGUACGGUCAACCGUUUACGAGAUUUUUGUGUGUGUGAAUCCAGGAAAAUGAUCAAACAUAUUAUGGAUGAAGCCUGCCGUAUACUUCUGAUAGAGCCAUUCUGUGCUGGUUCACACAAACAGUUGAUUGACCUUCUACACAAGGAAAUUCCUGGCACACAACUUCAUAGCUUACCUGGCAAGAAAUGGCAUUGGAAAGCCAGAACAUCAGCUUUAUGGUUUAGUCAAGUUAUUCCAAGAGAUCACAAUUUUAGGACACUUUUUGCAAGCUCAGUUUUGAAUUUGGCAGAACUUGUUGCUAUUAGACAAGAUUUAGCUGUGUUACACAAAGUGGUUUAUUUCCAUGAGAAUCAGAUGAUAUACCCUGUAAGGAAGCAGCAAGAUAGAGAUUUUCAGUUUGGUUAUAAUGAAAUUCUCACAUGCAUGGUUGCCGAUGUUGUCCUAUUUAACUCAAAAUACAACAUGGACUCUUUUUUGAGCAACAUAAAUUCGCACCUGAAGCUGAUUCGAGACCAUAGACCUAAAACAUUAGUGGAGCAGAUCACACCAAAAUGUCAUGUUUUACAUUUUCCAAUUAUUUUUCCUGAAACUGUGAAUAAGUCAGCAACAAAUAAAUCAAUAAGUAAUAAAGAUAGUAAUACGUGUACAAGUAAUACACAAUUAUUGGGGUGUAACGUAAAGAAUGAGAACACUGAAACAAAGUUGAACAUUGAUAAGUCUUUUAAAAAGACUGGAGACAAAAGGGAGAAGGAAUUUACCAAAUGUUGUCAAAAGAUUUUAAUUGAGAAUUCAGAUUUUGGAAAGGAGGGUUCAUGUUCUGAAACAUUAAGUCAAAACUCCAGAACAAGAGGAGAUAUUGCAGUUGGAAAUGAUCAUUUAACAUUUACAGAUUGUGCAGUUGAUGCUGAUGGCAGUGAUACCUUUGAUGAAACACCUUUGAAAAAAAGUAAAACAACAGUUCAAACAGGACCUUUGCAUAUUGUUUGGCCUCACAGAUGGGAGCAUGACAAAGAUCCAGAGAUGUUUUUUAAGGUACUGACACAAUUACAUAAUGAUGGUCUAGACUUUAGAAUAUCUGUGUUGGGAGAAAUGUACUCUGAAGUACCUGAAAUAUUUGAGGAGAGUAAAGUUAUAUUACAAGAGAAGAUAGCAAACUGGGGUUUUUUACCAUCCAAACAAGAUUAUUAUCUAGUUCUACAGAGUGCGGAUUGUGUUGUAUCAACUGCCAAACAUGAAUUCUUUGGUGUGGCAAUGUUAGAAGCUGUUCAUCUUGGUUGCUAUCCAUUGUGUCCAAACCAGCUUGUAUAUCCGGAGAUAUUUCCAAAGGAGUGUUUGUAUAAUACAGAACAACAGCUGUAUAAGAAAUUGAGAGAAUUCUGCAAAAAGCCUUUUAUACCUAGAUGUAGGUCAGUUGUUAUUGACACAAACCAGUUUUCAUGGGAGAAUUUACGAGAACAGUUUUUGAAAUAUCUUGUUGUGUAAUGUAAAUAAUAAAGUUCAUGAAUGUGUCAUUUUUUAUAA